CGAGUAGGGAUGGGGCUGAGGGCGUGAGCGGGGCCGGCGGGGCGGCCGUGCCCGGCGGGCGAUGGUGGCCGGGCGGCGGCGGCGGCAGCUGUGAGCCGGGCGUCGCCAUGGGCUGCGGGGGCAGCCGGGCCGACGCUAUCGAGCCCCGCUACUACGAGAGCUGGACGCGGGAGACCGAGUCCACUUGGCUGACCAACACGGACUCCGAGAGCCCGCCGCAGGAGGGUGGCAGCGCCGAGGGCCCCGGCCGGGAGCAAGGCGGCCCGCGCCCCGGUCCUCUGGAGGAUGGGAAACUGGGUCACACGGGUGUAUCUACAACAUCAGCCACGGCUGGAAUGCUGAACGCCGAGAAGAGGAACAACUGUGGCUCUCAGUGUGCAAACCCCAUGGUCCACAGCAUGGGAGCUACAACACAGAGACAGAAUGGCUUCAGGACCACAGAGAGUAAAUGGGACACACAGAAAAUGUCCACACAAGAAGUCUCCAUUAAUGUUACAAAAGGCAUCAGACAAAGUGACAGAAGAAAAACCAAGAACUGUGCCAAUUAAUGAAGAAAAUUGCAGGUGAGGAUGGACUUAACAAUGCUUCACUGCACUUUAAAUGUCAGUCACUGAAGACAUGAAGAUCUCCAGGUGUUCCAGGUUGAAUACAGCAGACAGCUGCUGCUGAGUGCCUCUAGAAGCAGGUCUUGUGGAAACCAACUACAAACACUUUAGGAUCUUCAGAUGUCAUUUGUCUAAAGCAGUGGCACUACACAGACAUACACAGAAAUUCAUGACAUAUUUUUUUACUAACUUCUAUGUUAUCCCUUGUGUAUGUCCUGUUCUGCAUUGCUAUUAAGAUGAGGCUGGAUAACAAGGGGUACAGCUCAUUGCAAUUAAAACCAGGAGAGGAACAAAUGAAUCUGCAUUUUUAGUCAUAAAGGGUUUUGAGUGUGCACAUUCAAACCCACAGAGUUCAUUUAAAGCACUCAUGUUUUUUAAAACUCAAACCCAGACAUCUCAAGAAAGUGAGACUAGUCUUCUACUAAAUCUCCUUUCAACUAUAUAUAUAUUGGUUAUAUAUAGUUAAAUCAUACAGUAACCUUUUUAUAUAUUAAAUUUUCAAUUACUUAGUUUUUAUUUAUUGUUUGUAUUGACAUAAUUUUGGUCUUAAAAACAGUAACUUUCAUAUUGAUCAGCCUUACUUCAAAGUCUUAGUCUUAGCUGGCAAGUAGAGUUAUGGCUACUUGGUUAUUUUAUACAUGCCCCUUUAAUUAUGUUGAAGCUCAGGCUGACUUGGAAAAAACUUACCAUUAACACUACAUGAAAAUAACCACAAUUUAAAAAGCCAUAUUCUAAUAUCAGUUCAAAAAAGAAACUUUCUUUGAUAAGAUAUAAUUAAUUCACUGUGCAUAACUUAUUUAAUACAUUGUGAGCAUUCUGUGUCACAGUACUCCAUGAUUGUCAUAAAUAUAUAUCUAAAAGGAACAUAAAUGUUCAGUGUAGUAAAGUCUAGGAACUAAUUCAACAUAUUACUUCUUAUUAUGGAGGUAAUAAUAUAUAUUCUCUGUGAGUUUGCAUGUUCAUGAAGAUAAAAGUGAUAAAUUUAUUUGCCUUCCCCAUCAGACAUUUGAGUAUCCUUAGAGGGCUAUUUAAGAGAACUAUUCAAAAGUUGUUCAUAACAAACAGAUGGCAUUUGGAAAAAAAAUCCAUGUAUGAAUAGUAAAAAGUCCUUUAUACAAACAUGCAAACAAGUAUAAAUAGGAUUGUGAACUGAACCCCAGUUUAUUCCAUAUUAGGAUCAUUUUAAUAGCUUGCUGGUUAGGUGUGUGAGUUACUUUCCUAGUUGUACAACAAGUCUAUGCAACAGGAAUUGUUUAUUAAUUACUCCAACAAAAAGGCAAACUGGAAUCCAGAGUCAGAGCCAGACUUUUGCAUACCAUAGCAUAUUCUAAAAGGGUUUACUGGCAGAGAGAGUGCGGUAUAAAUAUCAUUAAUAUGAUACAAGAAUGCUACAGAAAGUGAAUAGUGAUCCUGAUGUGUUGAAGAGUAAACAGGAUUUUGAAGGAAGGUAAAAGGGAAGGUUUGUUGUCUAAGAAGCUGCUUCAGAGAUUGUUGCCUUGGGUGGAUACCACAUUAGAGUGAGUAGAUGCAAGAACAAAGGAGUCCUGGCAGUGAGAUAAUUUAUUAGCUAAGAAAUUAUGUAAUGAUGAUGUGCUGACCAGAUGUGUCACAUGGCUUGGGUCACACCGCAGAAGGAAGCCCGUGAGCUGCAUAGCCCAUAGGCAUGAAGCAGCCCUGGCUCAUGCCAGCAGCCAUCAGCGAGGCAGCCCUUAAAUCUUGUAUUCCAAACAUGAGAUGUGACAAGAUGGUUUGCAGGAGAUGGCCUCGGUACACAAUUAUCUGGGCAAGAGCACAGACCUUGCUCAUGCUGACCACACUUCCCAUCAGGGUGGCUGGCAGCUGCAGAGUGGUAAAUGCUGCUUGCCCUGGACUGCCCGUGAUAACAUUCCUGAGCUACUCCAAGAUCCCAUAAACCUGUUUAAAUCCUGAAACUUAGCUUUAUGACAUUCAAAGAUUGGAUCCAACUUCUGUGGUACAAGCCAUGUUUAGUAACAAGCAAUUUUAUGCACACUCCUCAUGUAAUACAUUACUGUUCUUAUUCAUUAGGCAGUAGCCGAAAAGAAAUUACGUUAUGUCCUAGGCUUCUUAGUGCUUGAUGUGCAAACUUCCAAUGACCUUAAUAAAACUAAGAGCAUGUUGUGGAGAUACGGAUCUUGCCUCUGUACACAGAUUGGGAUAUACUUAUGUUUACUUUCCUUCUACUAGAGAUAACCACCAGUAGAAACAACCAAUUUGUUUAUAAAAUAAUAUGCCAUUCUGUAUAAUUAGGGCGACAGAAUCUAGUCUAUACCACUUUAGACAAUUUAAAGUCCCAAAAAUAGAUUCCUGUGCUGGUUUUAGUGGAAGAAGCAAGCCCAAAGAAUCAGCUGGACAUCUUCACUCCAGGUAGCCCUCUUAGGAAUAAGGAGUCUUAUUUACAGGGCCUGUUCUUUGAGCAUCAUCUUUCAAAUAUAAAUGGCUCAAAGACAUAAAAUAAAAUGACCAUGUUAAAAGACAUGCACUUUCAGAUGAAGGACCUAUGGACGUCUCUGUCUUCUUAUAUGCCAGGAUUUUUGAAAUUUAAUUUUCUCCAAAAGACAUUAUCACCAAAUAAUGUUUGAUGUCCCUUGGCUGCACAUCAAGAUUUCUACAGGUACACUGAAACAACACACUUUCUGCUGGAAUGAUUUGCCAACAGAUGGUGAGUUCUUAUGAUUUAUCUAAGUUCAGGUUUUAAACAGAAAGGAACAUUGUCAUGUUUCCAUAAUUUCAACGUGAAGUAUACAUAGGAUUUUUGUCUGAUAAGUCUUCUUCCACUAUGUGAGAAAUGGAAUCACUCAGAAGAAAGAGGAUAUUGUCUAACGAAGAGAGAGGAUUUACAGUUGGCAAUUCAUCAUGAGGCAAAUUAAUCUUCUCAAAGACUCAGUACAGCUUUAUCUUGCACUAUUCCUUCAUCUUCUCCCUUAUGAUUCCUUAAUGUAUUUCAUCAUUUCAGCAUUACUGUAGGACAUUGACUAGAAGACACACAAUUUUACUGUGUGACUGAAAUGAUUUUGUACUGACAUAAUAGGAAACUAUAAUUAUUGUGUAAGCAAUAUAUGAGUGCUGCAUUAAACAUGCAUUCUUGUUAGUUAAAUGACUGAGAUUUCAUAAAAACCAGGAUACAGGUAUUUUUGAUCUUUCUGGUAUGCUCAUAUAUAUAGAUAUUCAUUUGUGCAUGUCUCUGCAUGUGUACAUUGUAAUGUCUUUAGUGUGUACUUUGGCAGUUCAGGCACAUUUUUUUGAGAACCUUUAAUUUCUGUUUGUAAUUCUGACACCCAAAUGUAAAAUAUUUUAAUGUUGGAACUGAAAUCUGUUUUACAUGCCUUAUGAAAAGAAUGAUCUAUAUAAUUUGUGCACAGAAAUGGUAUUUGAAAAAGCAGGCUUAGUUUUAUUUGCAAAUACAUCUAAAUUCAAACUAGACUAACGGGAACAUUUUUGUACUCUCAUUUUAGCUGCAAAUAAAUGAAGAUUGACCUUAAACUUGAAAAUGAAAAUAAAGAAAGAUUUUAAAGUGUC